CUUGACAAGUUUCAAGAUAGAACUAUCAAGUUGAAGAAAUGUGAAUUUAUUGAUAACUAUGUCAAUUUUGUCAGAUUAUAAAUAAGAACGUAAGGUGAUUAUUGCCACCAAUACUCCCCCCAUGGAAGCAGUUGCAGGGCUAGAAGUUGCAAUGAAGGUCUUGGAAAAUUCUGUUUCUAGAUCCAGAUGGAGAAUGAGGCCUGCUUCUAGAAAUCGGCUUGAAAUAGAUAUACUGGCUUUGCUCACAGGGAUGAGGGCAGUAAUAAUGGUGGACUAUGGUGGGAAAAUGCCUGAACUGCAACAACAUCUGUGUGAUGUUCUCAAACUAAGCCAGCAGGAAUCACCCAUCUUUAAACAACUUUCUGUCAUGGUUAUAGAAGACAUGAUCUACUUGAUACAUCUUCAAGGCCUUGCAGAAUUUGCCAGAACCAGCUUAGAAUCAGAACUACUUUUUGUGGACAUUGAAAACAAUCCUCCUCAGAUGAUAUCCCUAGCUGCGAAAAACACAAUGAUUAUGGAGCUUAUAUCUGUUCAGAAGUUCUUUGCUACUACAUUUCCUGUUAAUGAAGAAACCAACGAAGUCUUGCCACCACCUCAAAGGACUGAUUCAACAGCAAAUCCCAGUUCCUCUGAUUUUAUCGAUCUGAGCAGCUGCCUUCAAGAGACUGAGAUCACAAUACCAACACUAAAUGGAUGGCUGCUUGGUUAUCCAGUAGUGUACUUGUUCAGCAAGGAUCAUAUAGCAGAUGCAGUAUAUAAUCUUUCCACCAUAUCUCUUCAUCUCUACAAAUUUCUGAUCCACAGGACUGGUGCCUUUGACAAGGGUCGUCAGCUGGAAGAGUUGACAAGCUUUUCAGUGCCUUAUGACCUGAGCCUGGAGGGGCAUAACGAACCAUGGGCAAAGAAAUUUCUGGCAUCUAUGGAGGAAAAACAGGAAAACUACAAGCAAGUCUUUAGCUCUCUGCAUAUGGAGGUUAGUAGUUGUUAUCCACAAUCCAUUGCAUUGUGAGGACUAAUUAUCUAAAAAUACUGGAAAACAUUGUAUUGAUUUGCCAAAACUGCAUGUCCCUUUACAUUUAUUCUAAACUUUUCUCAUUAGUAA